AAUAGCAUUGUUUAUCAACAGUGAAAAAACAACACUGUAUUUGAAAAUUGGCUUACUAACCAGGAAUAAAAUAAUUUUUUAGUUUAUGCUUUUUGUUUAUAUUUAGUCAUCAUUUUUUCUACCUACAUUACCAACCAGAAUGCUUGUUUUGCUGAUUUUAUGUCUAUGGAUCUCAUCGGCCUGGUCAGUUACUCCGCCAACAGAUAUGCUUGGUAAUUUGCCUAAUUACAAUCCAGUCACUGGUGAAAUGGAAGAUCUUGAUUUUCGAGUUGCUAUUGAACCUGGAAAGGUUGACUGUUUCUACCAGGAUGCUGCUAAAGAUCACAACCUUGAUGUCUCAUACCAAGUGGUUGAGAUAAGCAGGCGAUUCCUGUGGAUGUACUCUCCUAAUGCAGCUUCUGAUUUGGUGAUUGAUUUUUUUAUGAAAGACCCUCAAGGACGAACAAUAGCUGAAGAAAGGGAUAGACAAGAAGGUAAUCAUGUUGUAACGGUUCAACAAGGAGUUUAUACCAUUUGUUUUGAUAAUCGACGAUCAAGUGCCACUAAAUUGGUCAAUGUCGAAGUUUAUUUAUAUUCUCAAGAGGAUGAUGACCGAUGGGGAAACAUUCAAAGUAUGAUCACAUUUCCAGCUGAGGCACAAGCCCUGGAUACUAUUGAAUCAAUCAAGGCAUCUAUCAAUAAAGUGAGAGACGAUUUAAUCAGAGUUGUUCACAAUCAGGAUGAGAAAAGAGCAAUUGAACGGAGAGAUCGUGUUUUAGUAGAUAAUAACUUAAAGUAUAUCAAUCGAUUUUCACUUUUAUCUACAUUUCUGAUGAUCGCUGUCGGUUUUGGACAAAUAAUGAUAAUCCGCAGUUUGUUUGAUGAGAAAAGUCGUCUUCGCAAGCUUUUCAAAUUUUUUUGACUUAGACCAUUCAUAUCUUUAUUCUCAUACAAGACAUCAAAGGAAACUCAGAUGAAAAUCAUCAUUUCAACCAGUCAACUCACAAGUAAUACAAUAUUACGAAUCGAGUGCUCAAAUAUUUUGUGAUCAUUUUUCUUUUAUAGAGUUUAUUAUCACUUUAAAAUGAGUAAAAUUUGUGAAAUUUUGAUAUUCUAUUGGAUUUUGCCCAACAAACCAUUUUCAAAGUUUAAUCGCAAAUUUAGUCAAUAAUUUUGGUCAACAGCAAAUGCUUUUUAUGCAAAAAUACUAAUUAUGUACACAUUGUAUGAUCUCAAUAAUUGCAUAUUGUAAUAAUAAUUGACAAAUAAUGCCCACUGAUGGUGCCAAUCUAUUGAGAUUUAAAUAAAAAAUGAAAAAACUACUUUUAA